AUGCGCUUCUUCCAGUCUCUCGCCGCCGUUGCCGCUUUCUGCUCCUCCGCCCUCGCCCUGACCGUCACCUCGCCCACCGCAGGCGACAUCUGGGACUUUUCUACGCCCAAGGACAUUCGGUUCCAGGCCAAUCCCAACGACCCGCCGGUCGUCAGCAUCAUCCUGAUCCAGCCCCGGAGCAACUGGCAGACCAAGCUCGCCGACAACGUCAACGUGACUGAGGGCCACUACACCACCCAGCCCAACCCGUCUGUUCCUAACGGCAAAGGUUACGUGAUCGAACUCACUGACGGGAACGGCGAAGUCGCCCACUCUGCCCCCUUCACCGUCCAGAAGGGCUUAAAUAAAUACCUCCACUGCGGCUACUUAGAGUGA